UUGGGAGACUGCUUCUUGAGAGGUUAGAACCAAUGAGGAAGAAUAUGUGACUUUCCUCUUGGUUUCCAUUUUGCACAGGCAUCUUCUCGAUAUAACCCAACAUCUCCACCUUCUUCUUUGUCCAAUCUCCUUCCUCAGUCGACCUUUGCAUCUCUCUCUCUCUCUCUCUUUCUGUUAAUUUAUAGAUUGACAUGGAACAUAAGGACCAGUACCAGAAGGCCCUAAUGGCAAAGUACGAGUGUCUUCUCUUUGAUCUUGACGACACUCUUUAUCCCCUGAGUUCUGGUUUGUCAAAAGCAUGCACCAAGAAUAUUGAAGAUUACAUGGUUCAGAAACUUGGCGUAGAGGAAAAGCAAGUCCCUGAGAUGAAUCAUGUACUGUACAAGAAUUAUGGAACAACACUGGCGGGUCUAAAGGCAAUUGGUUUCAACUUCGAUUAUGAUGACUAUCAUAGUUUUGUUCAUGGGAGAUUACCGUAUGAAAUACUAAAACCUGACCAUGUUCUGAGGAGUUCGUUGCUUAGCUUGCCUAUUCGGAAAGUUAUUUUCUCAAAUGCGAAUAAGGCCCAUGUCGCCAAAACUCUCAGCAAGCUUGGAUUGGAUGAGUGUUUCGACGUGAUUGUAUGCUUUGAGACUCUGAACCCGACCACCAACGAGAAGAUCAAUGAAUGCCAUAAUAUCAUUGACGUUCCUUCAGAUCAAUCCAAGAAUGCUGAGUCGGAGCUUCCGAAGACUCCAAUCAUCUGCAAACCAUUCGAAAAUGCAUUUGAACUUGCAUUCAAUAAAGCCAACAUCAAUCCUCAAAGAACACUCUUCUUCGAUGACAGUAUCCGAAACAUACAAACUGGGAAGCUUAUGGGCCUUGACACCGUUCUGGUGGGAGCAUCUCAACGAGUAGAUGGUGCAGAUUAUGCUUUAGAAAGCAUACACAAUAUUAAAGAAGCAUUGCCUGUGCUCUGGGAAGAUCAAGCCAUUGAUGAAGAUCAUCAGUCAGGAAGCAUCGUUUAUCCAAGAAACAAUACAAUCGAGACACCUGUAAAAGCCUAGCUAGCUAGCUAGCAUUUGAAUACAUAUAUAGUUUGUGUGGAUAAUAUCAUCCGAAUAAAGUAGUAUAUCUGUUUAAGCAUUUCAGCAUAUAAUAUAGCUGUAUAUGUAUCUUUGAAUGUGAGCAUCACGUGGUCGAUGAAUUUGUUAAUUAA